UCGAAGAGACAACAAAAACUCGUUGAAGUUGCUUUUCAAAGCUGGAAGUCGGGACUUUACACUGAUGUUACGUUUUUGAUUGAUCAGGAGAAAUUCCCAGCUCAUCGGCUCGUCAUGGUGGCCUUGUCAGAUUACUUCACAGCUUUGUUUAAGGUAAUUCUUUUUUUUUUUUUAAUUUCAGAUUUAAAUGUUACGCAUGUAAGUAAGUGUAAGCGAGCUGAUUUAAAAAAAAACUUUUCAAAAUUCAGAUUUAACAUCAGCAUUUUCAAAUUCGUAAGUAAUAUUUCCUGCUCUUAUGUUAAAAAAAAUCAUAACAAUAUUUUAAAUAAGACAUAUUUAAAAAAACAAACAACCCACAAACAUAGUAGUAAAAAUAGUAAAAAGUAGUUUUCUUUGAGUGCACAUUUGGUUGACCCCACGUCUUUUAACUUUUUAUUAUCAAAAUAUUUUUUUUAAAACUAAAAGUGCCAUGUUUAAAAGGAAAUAAGAAUACUACUAACUAAUAAGCUAUACCAAAGAUCAAGCUACAUUAAAAAAAAAAACGAUUGUGAAAUGUGUUGCUCAUUGUCUUGACGAAAAUUUUCAUUUUUCUUAUUUCAUUCUAAAUUUCGGUACAUGAUACAUUUUGGUUCGAGAGUCUUUUGUUUAAAAUAACCAACUUCACCCAUUGACUUUGUGUGUUGAGAAAAAAAAAUUAUUGAGGUCAUUAAUCUUCCUAGUAAACUUUCGUACUUGCAAAAUUUUCAUGAUUAGAGUUGGAAAAUAUCCCUCUCUUUCACACCAUACAUGUUUUGUCUCCUCUGUAUUUUUCUGUAGAACUGCGAAAAGGAGUCUGGUGACAUAACCCUCCACAAAAUAUCACCAGAGGAUUUUGCCAUAAUUUUGAAGUUUGCUUACACCGGUCAAGUUGAUGUGACAAGUGACAAUGUUCAAAGUGUGCUCAUUGCGGCAGACUAUUAUCGAAUUGACACCAUGAGGAAAGAGUGCAUCAAGUUCAUGGCAUCCUAUUUGGAUGUGGACAAUGUCUGCAAUGUUUUAAUGUUUGCCAUCGAAUACUCUUUCUUAAGCCUGGAAGAAAAGUCACUCUCUUUCUUGAAACAAAACUGGGAAGGUAUUUUCAAAACAGAGUUCUUUCAAAUUUUGGAUCCGUUGUACUUGGCCGGAAUACUGGAGGAUGAUAACUUGGUUCUUUACAGCAACAAAGUUCUUCUCAAGUCUGCAGACAGAGAAAUUCUUGCCUUGAACACAGUGCUACAUUUUCUGACACAUAGAAGAAUUGAUGAUCCGUCAGUUUGUCAAAGACUGAUAAGAGCUGUCCGGUUUCCUUUCAUCCCACAAGACGCCUUGAACCAUUGCUUUGCAACAGUUGAGAUGGAUUUACACGAGACAUUAAGGCUCAAGGAGGCGGUAGAGGCGGAGAGAGUGGCUGCAGAAGUCCCAGGGUCAUGGUCACAGCCUAGAAAAUUUACAUCACCUGAGAUAUUGAUGUAUACAUUAAGCGAAAUGAAUGGCGCUUAUGAAUCGGAGAUCAAAAGUUUCCAAAAGUUUCCUGCUAAUUUUGAAAUCCAUAGCAUUGAUUUGUGGAUCCAGCGGAUGGUAGUUGAUGCAAUUGGGGGCUUGCAAGUGAGAUAUCGGGACCCUACCUCAGGUCACCUGUGUCCAUUUAAAUAUGAGCAAGGAGAUUGCCAAAAGAGUAUCGCGCAUCAUUAUGUCGAGCUGCAGAAAAAUGAAUUUAUUACAAAAGUUAUCACCAGUGGUUACCUAAUUGAAAGCCUUGGCUUUGAAACUAACUUCGGGUUAAAAUACGGGCCAUUCGGAAGUCAAUAUGGCUUUGUGAAAAGAGUGGUGGCCCCUGAAAGUCCAUUCUCAUAUUUGAUUGACAUCAAAUGUGACACAAUGCCAAAAGAUAUUGAAGGUAGAUGUCUCUUAGGCCUCAAGCUAGACUGGGUGACAUUUAAAGAAUAA